UUACGGGGACCGUCUAGUGACUACAUCUCUAUGGUGCUUCGAUGGUGUUUACUUUUGCUUUCGUCGUGUCUGAUUGGUCACUGUGAUUACCGUAGUCUUCUGACUCAUGAGGGUUCGCCUAUUUUAUAUGGAGGCAUUCUUUCAGGUCAGUGGAAACCUCUAGCUUUGAAUAAUUCUGACCUGGAGGCAGCAGUAAAAGUAGGCAUUCAAACACUACAAACAAAGGUGGGUGUGGCUAUGCCCAUUGUUUCAGUUUGCUGUAGAGAGACGCAAAGGCAGCUCUAAUUUUAACAUCCCGACUCUCGAUGAUGGCACAGUAAUAAUCCCGCGUAUCGUAAAAGCAUCUAAACUGGUUCUUGAAUACACAGAAGAUGAUCUAAAUCCAAGCUUUGUUACUCUCAUUCUUAAAGAGCACCCAGAUGGUCGCGUUGUCACUCAGAAGCGAGCUGUUAUAGUGGGAGUGAUGUAUGAUUUCCAGUUGAUGUGGCCUAAGGCUGUCAUGGUUGGUCUUCAUCGAUUUCUAGUGACAAUCGAUAGGAAUAGACAGUACUUCUUGUAUGGUCACACUUAUUAUGACGGAGACAUCAGUUCAAUGCUCUCUCAAUGUAUGAAAGAUAAAAGUUGCAGUCAUCAGUUUAAUAUUCCAAACAAAUGGACGAAUCCGGCACUUUGGCAGGCUCAUAAUUUAGAAUUUUCCAAUGAAUAUUUGUCUGCAUUCGCACAUAAACAUGAAGAUAGCCAGCAAAGAAAUGGCAUGUUGGCUGAUAUUGGCAACAGUAGGUUUAGAUAUCAAACUUUUGCUUUGUCAAAUAAUCAACUAAAAAUAGCAACAUAUAAUUUAUGGAACUUCAACGGUUAUGAUGAAGGUGUCUACAAAAAUCGAAUGGACCAGUUUGGCAAAUUGUGUCAACAAAACGAUGCUGACAUUUUUGGUUUUCAAGAAGUUCGGUUUGAUUUCAACAAACAAAAGUACAAGGGACCAAGUCAGGUUGAACAUUUAUCCGAAUUUCUGCCUCAGUAUCAAUUUAUGUUUCAACCGGCCAUGUCAUAUCCUGAGCAAGCAUUUGAUCGUGUGGAGGAGGGUGUCUCAAUUUUCUCUCGCUACCCAAUAGUCAAUCACAGCUACAUUUUGUUAUCACGUGACUUGUCUGAUACAGGAGACACUCAUCAACGAAUCUGCUUGCAUGUCGAAGUAGAGACACCACAACUGCAGAGGGUUCACAUUUUUAACACUCACUUAUCUCUAAGUGAAAAAGCAAGAAACCGGAAUGUGUUAGAGAUGUGGAGUUUUAUUCAAGCACAUUCGAAGCCUUGGAUUUUAAUGGGCGAUCUGAAUGCCGAACCUCACUCAAAAGCAAUGAGGUUUUUGGCAGGUCUAGAAACUAUUGAAGGCAUUUCUACCAAAGGCUUUCAGGAUGCUUGGACAGCUCUCUAUCCUGAACCAAGGCCCGGUGCUCCUGGUGCUUAUACAAUAGAUGAAGCUCGUGAUCCUGGAUUGACAUUUAGUACCCUCGAGGAAACGCUAGUCAAACGAAUUGACUAUCUGUUUUUGGCAUUGGAUGGAAGAGCAGACAUAGAAGUUGUUGAUCUAAUAGAUGAUGGAAUACGAUGGGAUGGAGUGACAUCUGACCACUUGGGAGUUAGUGUUACAUUGAAUGUUACCAAAAGUUAACAGAAUGAGACUGAGAAUACAGAGUGACUUGCCAUUGUUUGUAUUAAGUGGUACAAGUAAGAAACCACGUGUUCAUAGUGUGAGAUGGCCUACUUUUUAGUGCUUUAGUAAUUUAAUAUUGUGACUUGCAGAGGAUUUAUAAUCAUGAUGAUAAUACUGUAGUAGUUGCAUUCUGUUUACUGACUACAUUACAGUGUCAUCUAGAAGAAUCAAUUGCAAUAUUGCAAUUUUAAUUUUUAGAAGAAUUUAUUGAAGGUUAUUUGCU